AUGGAUGUUCCAAUCAUGGUUGGAGAUUGCUACAUCCCUGCUGAUUUUGUAGUUCUUGAGCUGGAACACCAACCUAAAGACCCUCUUAUCUUGGGAAGGCCAUUCCUAGCUACUGCAGGAGCUAUAAUAGAUGUCAAGAAUGGAAAGAUUGACUUGCAUCUUGGAGAUAUAGUGAUGAAUUUCGAAGUAAACAAGUCUAUGGAGAAGCCAACUGUAGAUGGUCAAGCUUUUUGGAUUGGAGAGCUCGCAGAGACAAGAGAAGAAGUGCUGGAUGAACUCCUUCUUAUUGAUCCCUUGGAGCUAGCUUUGACAAAGCUGAGAAUGAGUAUGGAUACAUGGAAAGAGAAGCUCAAUGCUUAG